AUGGCAAACCUAUUUGAUGAAGAGUAAGGACAAUACUUAAGAUUGAAUGCCCUUAAAUAUCUAGAGAAACCUCCAGAAGUCUAAAGAGAAGAUGAUCCAUUUAUUACUAAUGGCUCUUUAGCUAUUACAUAUAUAUUAGUGGAAACUAUAGAAUAAUAUAAAACAGGCUAAGGUUUGAAGUUCUAGCCUAGUUAUGUUCAUUAAGUAUUUAGAUAGUCGAAUGAAAUUUAUGGUUAUAAAGAUCUUAAGAUUACUAUUCAUGUCACAGCACUUGGAUUAAAACCUUAUAUUCAAGUAAUUCACUUCAAAAUAUUAAUAAUAGAUAUCUUAUAGUGAAUAAACUGAAGAUGCAGAUGACUUAAAGGAAAGUUUUAAUAAAGUUUAUGAAGCUGGAUAUCUAACAAACGAAGAUCAAUUUAUUAAGGCACUUGAAGAAGAAUACAAUUAAGAACCAUUAGGAGAUUUAAUUGAAGAAUAUGGAGAUUUCAAAAUAUAUAAAUGUUAAACUGCAAUAACUAAUGGCUUUAUUCAAUUUAAACCAUUUUUAUAAGCAUUUCUUUUAGUCUUAAUUGAUGGAGUUUAAUAUCCAGGUGAUGAAAAUGAAUGGGUUUAUUUAAUAUUAUAUGAAAAAAGACAAUUUAUAGGAUUGACUACUGUCUAUAAAUUUAAUAUUGGUUGGGAUAAACAAAGACAUCGUUUAAGUCAAAUGUUAUUCCUACCUUAAUAUUAAAGAAAAGGACAUGGAAGUAGAAUGCUUAAAACUGUUUAUAAAUUAGGAUUAGAAGAUGAAAAAUGUUUAUAAAUCACCCUUGAAGAUCCAUCUGAAGAUUUUUAAGUUAUGAGAGACAUUACUGAUUCCAAAAUUUUACAUGAACAUUUCAAAGAUAUUAUUCCUAAUCAUGUUAUAAAUUUAGAUUAUAAUAGAUUAUUAAUUCUGUUUAAGAUAUUGUUGAUAUCCCCAAAGAUAAAUUAUUCGAAAUUAU